GACAUAUUUGUGUGAGUCUUCCCCUCAUUCCCGGAGGCAGCUGCGGCCGGACCUUGCUUCGCUUUUUUUUUUUGCCCUUUCCUUUCCGUAGCCGCGCUUGAUCCUUUUCCCGGGAGAAGCGGCUUCCUCCGACUGGUCUGUGGGGGAGGGAGAUGGGUGAGGAGCCGGGGCUGGAAGUUGCGGCGAGUUGAAGCGCAGCUCCCGGCCGGGGGCUGAAGUAGGGCGGCGAGUCCCUGCGGGGCCGGUCAGGAGGGGCGCGGGGGAGCCGAGGAGGAGCCGCCGGGGGCAGGCAGCGAGGAAGGAAGAUGCUGCCGUCGCUCCGCUGAAGCCGCUCGUGCCCGAGGGGUGUCGCCGCGCUCGAGGGGGGCCUCUCCCCCGGAAGUGGGGACCAGGGCGGCCUGCGCAGCUGGCACCCCGCUGCCCGGGGCAGCUUGGGCACAGGGCGGGGGCAGCGCCUGUCCCCGCACCCCGCCCCGGGGCUCCAUGGAGGGAGUAGCCCCGAGGCGCUGAGGAGUUUCCUGUUUUCAUGGUGGUUUUUGCUUCAAAAGAAAUUGCUCUUCGGGAGCUGGCGCCGAGCAGCAGCAAGAGGAGGAACCGCUCCGCUGGUUCUGAGGGCGGCCGCCUGGCUGGGGGAAUGCGGCUGGCGAGACCGAGGUGGAGCGAGGGAACCUGCGGGGUUGCGGUCGCAGCCUAGAAACUCGUGUGUGCGGAUAGAGGGAACAGCUCUUCCUGCCCCACUCUCGGCUCUAAAUCUUUUGGGGGAGCGUCUGAGACUUUCCUCCCCCCUCGCCCCUGACUUCUCUGAUCUAGAGGCUACUCAGGAAGCAUCGUAGCCUGGUAGCUUACCCUGCUUUGCUCUGGAAUAAGGAGAACUCUAUUCUCGGAAACAUGUCGACAGGAGAAAACUUUGAGGCUCGGUUUGAAAAAAUCGAUGUGAUGUUAAGGGACCCCAAAUCUGAAGUGAACGGUGACUGCUUACUGGAUGGAUUAGAUGCUUUGGUGUAUGAUUUGGAUUUUCCUGCCUUAAGAAAAAACAAAAAUAUAGACAACUUUUUAAACAGAUAUAAAGACACAAUUAAUAAAAUCAGAGAUUUGCGCAUGAAAGCUGAAGAUUAUGAAGUGGUGAAGGUGAUUGGCAGAGGUGCAUUUGGGGAAGUUCAGUUGGUAAGGCAUAAAUCUUCAAGGAAGGUGUACGCUAUGAAACUGCUGAGCAAGUUUGAGAUGAUAAAAAGAUCAGAUUCUGCAUUCUUUUGGGAAGAAAGGGACAUUAUGGCUUUUGCUAAUAGCCCCUGGGUUGUUCAGUUAUUUUAUGCAUUCCAAGAUGACCGUUACCUUUACAUGGUGAUGGAAUAUAUGCCUGGUGGGGACCUUGUGAAUUUAAUGAGCAACUAUGAUGUUCCUGAGAAAUGGGCAAGAUUUUAUACUGCAGAAGUUGUUCUUGCGUUGGAUGCAAUUCACUCAAUGGGCUUUAUUCACAGAGAUGUGAAGCCUGAUAAUAUGCUGCUGGAUAAAGCUGGUCAUUUAAAACUAGCAGAUUUUGGUACUUGUAUGAAGAUGAAUAAGGAAGGUAUGGUACGAUGUGAUACAGCUGUUGGAACACCGGAUUAUAUUUCUCCUGAAGUAUUAAAAUCCCAGGGUGGUGAUGGUUACUAUGGACAAGAAUGUGACUGGUGGUCAGUUGGGGUCUUUUUGUAUGAAAUGCUUGUUGGUGAUACACCUUUUUAUGCAGAUUCCUUGGUUGGAACAUAUAGUAAGAUUAUGAACCAUAAGAAUUCUCUUACCUUCCCUGAUGAUAAUGAUAUCUCUAAAGAUGCAAAAAACCUUAUGUGUGCCUUCCUAACUGACAGGGAAGUGAGGUUAGGACGAAAUGGUGUAGAAGAAAUCAAGCGACACCUCUUCUUCAAAAAUGAUCAGUGGGCUUGGGAAACUCUUCGAGACACUGUAGCACCAGUUGUUCCUGAUUUAAGUAGUGAUAUUGACACUAGUAACUUCGAUGAUUUGGAAGAAGACAAGGGAGAGGAAGAAACAUUCCCUAUACCAAAAGCAUUUGUUGGCAACCAGCUACCUUUUGUAGGAUUUACAUACUACAGCAACCAUCGGUAUUUAUCUGCCUCCGCAGAAAAUUCAAAUGACAACAGAACAAGUUCCAGUAUAGAUAAAAGCCUGAUGGAAAAUAUGCAGAAAACUAUCUAUCAGUUAGAAGAGCAGCUUCAAAAUGAAAUGCAAUUGAAAGAUGAAAUGGAGCAAAAAUGCAGGACUUCAAACAUAAAACUAGACAAGCUAAUGAAGGAACUGGAUGAAGAGGGAAAUCAAAGAAAACAUUUAGAAUCAACAGUAUCUCAGACUGAGAAGGAAAAGAUGCUGCUGCAACAUAAAAUAAAUGAAUACCAAAGAAAAGUUGAACAGGAGAAUGAAAGAAGACGAAAUGUAGAAAAUGAAGUGUCCACCUUAAAAGAUCAGUUAGAAGACUUGAAAAAAAUUAGCCAGCAUUCACAAACUACAAAUGAGAAGAUGACACAGUUACAAAAGCAACUAGAAGAAGCCAAUGACUUACUAAGGACAGAAUCAGAUACAGCAGCAAGAUUGAGAAAGAGUCAUACAGAAAUGAGCAAGUCCAUAAGCCAGUUAGAAUCACUAAAUAGAGAACUUCAGGAAAGAUGCAGAGUUCUAGAGAGCACAAAAUUGGAAGUGGAAAAGGACUAUUAUCAAUUGCAAGCAGCACUGGAAGCAGAACGAAGGGACAGAAGUCAUGGAUCUGAAAUGAUUGGAGAUUUACAAGCUCGGAUUACAUCUUUACAAGAAGAAGUAAAAAAUCUUAAAAAUAAUCUUGAAAGAGUGGAAGCGGAAAGAAAACAGGCACGAGACUCACUUAAUCAUUGUGAAAAGGAAAAGAAUAACUUAGAAAUAGAUUUAAACUAUAAACUCAAAACAUUACAACAGCGGCUGGAACAGGAGGUAAAUGAGCAUAAAGUGACUAAAGCUCGGUUAACUGACAAACAUCAAUCAAUUGAAGAGGCAAAAUCAGUUGCAAUGUGUGAAAUGGAAAAAAAAGUGAAGGAGGAGAGGGCAGCAAGAGACAGGGCAGAAAAUCAAAUAGUUCAGAUUGAAAAACAAUGUUCCAUGCUGGACUUUGACCUGAAGCAGUCUCAGCAGAAGCUUGAGCACCUCACUGAGCAAAAGGAGAGGUUUGAGGAUGAAGUUAAGAGUCUAACAUUUCAACUGGAACAAGAAAUAAAUAAGCGACAAAUGACACAGAAUGAACUGAAAACACAAGCUUUUGAGGCAGACAACUUGAAGGGUUCUGAGAAGCAGCUGAAACAGGAGAUCAAUACAUUGUUGGAAGCGAAGAGAUUAUUGGAAUUUGAGUUGGCUCAACUCACUAAGCAGUAUAGAGGAAAUGAAGGUCAGAUGCGGGAACUUCAGGAUCAGCUUGAAGCUGAACAGUAUUUUUCGACACUUUACAAAACUCAGGUUAAGGAGCUUAAAGAAGAAAUUGAGGAGAAGAAUAAAGAAACUCAAAGAAAAAUACAGGAAUUGCAAAAUGAAAAAGAAACUCUUGCUGCACAGUUGGAUCUGGCUGAAACCAAAGCUGAAUCAGAGCAGUUGGCCCGAGGUCUCCUGGAAGAACAGUAUUUUGAAUUGACUCAGGAGAGCAAGAAAGCAGCAUCAAGAAAUAGACAAGAAAUUACUGAUAAGGACAACAUUGUAAGCCGGCUGGAAGAAACAAAUAAAACAUUAACCACUGAUGUUGAGUCUCUAACAAAAGAAAAUGCAGAGCUCAUGGAAAAAAAUAAGAAACAGGAGGAAGAAUUUAAAUUGAAGAAAGAAGAUGAAAUCAACACUAUUAGAAUGCAUUAUGAGAAGAAUCUUCACACUGAAAGAACUCUUAAAACACAGGCUGUGAACAAAUUGGCUGAGAUAAUGAAUCGGAAAGAUUUUAAAAUAGACAGAAAGAAAGCUAAUAUACAAGAUUUGAGGAAAAAAGAAAAGGAAAACCGAAAGCUACAACUGGAGCUUAAUCAAGAAAAAGAGAAAUACAAUCAGAUGGUAGUGAAAUACCAGAAGGAGCUCAAUGAAAUGCAAGCGCAACUAGUAGAAGAGUUAACAUACAGGAAUGAGCUUCAGAUGCAGCUGGAUAGUAAAGAGAGUGAUAUAGAACAAUUGCGUAGUAAACUUUUGGACCUUCAGCAAGGAAUGGACUCUACCAGUGUUGCCAGCCUCCAGCCAGACGAAACUGAUGGAAACCUUACAGAGUCAAGAAUUGAGGGUUGGCUUUCAAUACCAAACAAAGGAAAUAUAAAACGACAUGGCUGGAAAAAGCAGUAUGUUGUGGUAAGCAGUAAAAAGAUUUUGUUCUAUAAUGAUGAAAAGGACAAGGACCUGUCCAAUCCAUCCAUGGUACUAGAUAUCGAUAAACUAUUCCAUGUCCGACCUGUAACCCAAGGAGAUGUAUAUAGAGCAGAAACUGAGGAAAUCCCUAAAAUAUUCCAGAUUCUGUAUGCUAAUGAGGGUGAAUGCAGGAAAGAUUUGGAAGGAGAACCAGCACAGACAAUGGAGAAAACAAAUUUUCUAAAUCACAAAGGUCAUGAAUUUAUUCCUACAUUAUACCACUUUCCAGCCAACUGUGAGGCCUGUGCCAAACCCCUCUGGCAUGUCUUUAAGCCGCCCCCUGCCUUGGAGUGUCGAAAGUGCCAUGUUAAGUGCCAUAAAGAUCACCUAGAUAAAAAGGAGGAAUUAAUUGCUCCAUGUAAAGUGAGUUAUGAUGUAACUUCAGCAAGAGAUAUGUUGUUGUUGGCAUCCUGUCAGGAUGAACAGAAGAAAUGGGUCACGCAUUUAGUAAAGAAGAUCCCCAAGACACCCCCAUCCGGUUUCAUUCGUGCUUCCCCUAGAACCCUGUCUGCAAGAUCUUCUGCAAAUCAGUCUUUCCGAAAAGUUGUUAAAAAUGCUUCUGGAAAAACUAGGUCAAAAGAUUGUGGAUCUAUGGGGGAAAGUACCCUUUCAGAAAACUCAAGUUACUGCUAACCACAUGUACAAUACUUUAUGGAAUCUCAUGGGAUGCAGUCUGAGAAACUGGGCUUCUUCAACCACACAGAGCAGUGCAGACAGGCUGUUGUUCCUUUCAACACAACUAUCACAGGCUUCAGGGUUAAGAUUGCUGUAUUCUCUCCUUCUUGCUUUGGCACAAAAAGCGCACUGAGGGUGUUUUAUUGCGGGUUUGCCUAAAGGUAGAUUAGAUUAAUUAUUACUAUGUAAUGCAAGUUAAAGCAAAUAACGCUUAGCUAGGUGUAUGAAAAAGGUGCUGCCUUUUUGGAUUUAUAAGAAAAUGCCUGUCAAUCAUGAUGAAAUGCAGUCAACUUUCCUCAUAUCAAUGAGAGAAAAGGACUGUUUGUCCUUUGGAGAGGAUAUUUAUAUCCAAAUCAGUACGCAAACUUGAGCAGAGAAGGAAGAUAUCUCAAAAUGAGAAGAACAGAAAUUUCUUUGAAGACUCUGAGUUGCGCUCUUGAACACUGCAGAACUAGCUUAAAAAUGAAGCCGUAUACUCACUUGAACUUCAGUGCCUUCACUGCAGAGCUCUUAACAGCGUUAAUGCUAAUCACCCAUAAUAGAGUGGAUCGAAGUGUUAAAUACUUUGCAUUAUGCUUUACAAAAUACUGAUUCAGAAAGUGUGUAAAGGGAUGAGGACAACAAGCAUUUAAUCUAUGCAUAUUUGCCAAGCCAUACUGAAUUAUUUUACUGUUAGAGGCAUUAGAAACUAACUACAAAAGAACCAAGUUUGGAAGCAUAUUUCGGGGGUACAUGAUUUCUGUAAUUGUAUAACAUAUUGCCUUACCGUUUUAAGUGAUAACGUACAUUAAGUUAAUAGACAUUUAAGAAAUGUAUGCACUGUUUGAAAUAUAAAUUAUUCUUAGAACACUUUUAAUGGGUGUUGCAUUGCCCUUUUAGUGCCUUAUUUUGAGAUAAUUGUAUUAUUGCCAUGUCAAUAAGCGUAGAAAUCUCAAAAACCUAUUCUGCAUCAGUAGUUUUUACUGAACUUUAAUUGGUUUAAAGUAUUGUAGAUGCUAGAUGCAUUUCCUAAAUUGAAUACAAUCUUUGAAUGAAAACUCCUGUUACAAAGAAAGAAUUCUUAUUCAUAAGACAAGAGAUUUCCAGAAAAUGCAAAACGCAUGUAAUAGAGAAACAACAAACAGUAUGCCUGUGAAACUUUAAUUCCUGAAUUAUCUGGAGUUUUUAAAGUAUAAAUGUUGUUAAACUCUUGCUUUGUAGCAGGGAUACAUUCAUGGUAUGGGACAGUAUGGUUUUAUUUUAUUUUAUUUUUUUUUAACCAAAUACCUCCUCAGUAAUUUAUAAUGGCUUUGCAGUUGUGUAUUAAAUAAGAAGCACUGGAAAACUGAUUCGUCCUCAGGACGAUUUGCAUGUUUCAAGUGGUAUUGAAAGUCGCACUGAUGGAUAUGUAAUAAUAAACAUAUCUGUUAUUAAUAUGGUAAUGACUCUGUGCUCAUUCAAUGAGAAAUAAAAGUAAUUUAUGGAAGGA